AUGAUUACUGCCACGGAACUUCGAUUUCAGGCCCCUCGUCCAAACAUUCACUCUCUUCGUCGAUUUGGGUCAAGGUGUGCCCAGCCUUUAAAGAAGCUACUAUCGCCGAGUAAUCAAUCAAUUCGGCUACAAGCCCGUUGCUUUGCUGGAACUUCUAGGUUAUGUUUCGGCACCUGCUCGUCCCUCCGUGGCCGCGUUUCUCCUGCUCGGAGAAGCGGCUAUUCAAGGUCGUACCGUUCUAUGAAGGAUGUUGCGGUGAAUGUUGAACCAUGUUUUGAGCUGUCUGAUCUAGUGGGAUCAUUUCCAUGGAUCGUUUCCAUGGGAAUGACGAGGAAAUGCAAAGCUCCAUGUUGCGGGUAUCAACCUAUGUUGAAUGAUUGGGGCAAGGUACCACUAAACAGAAGGCAGGAUGGGAAAUCCCACACAUACUACACACUGACAUCAGGCAUUGAAGCAAAAAAUAAGGAAUGCUUAGUUAGAGGCAGGAGGCUGAACUCUGCUGACAUUCUUCUUUCGACUGGUCUGAGGGGAGACCGAUAUUCAAGAUUGGGUUAA